AUGGCUUCCACUAGUGAAUCCCUGCUCAUCCAAGCCUCCGUGCUGUAUGGCGCGAAAGAUCUAAGGAUUGACUCGCGCCCCUUGCCCGCCCCCACCGCCGACGAGGUCCAAGUCGCCGUGCGAUCCACAGGAAUCUGCGGCUCCGACUUACACUACUACACCCACUUCCGCAACGGCGACAUCCUCGUCCGUGAGCCCCUCACCCUAGGCCACGAAUCUACCGGCAUCGUCGUCUCCGUCGGCACCGACGUGUCAGGCCUCGCCCCGGGGACGCCGUCGCCCUCGAGCUCCGCCAAGUCCUUCCCCCACGCCCAGGGCACCCUGCAGGAGCGCAUCAACCACCCCGCCCGCUGGUGCCACCGCCUACCCGAUGCCGUUUCGCCCCACCUCGGCGCCCUGGUCGAGCCCUUGAGUGUGGCUAUCCACUCGUCUAACCGUGCGGCCUUGGCGCCCGGGUCUAGCGUUCUUGUCCUCGGCGCCGGAGCCGUUGGGUUGCUCGUGGCUGCCAUGUGCAAGAUUCGCGGUGCGCGCGACGUCGUCAUUUCGGAUGUCGACGAGGGACGUAGCAGCUUUGCUGUACGCCACCGCUUCGCUCACCACUCCGUUGUGGCACCCACGAAGAGGGGAGCUGACGUCACCGAGGAUCUCGCCCUGGCGCGGGAGGGUGCUUUACGAUAUGGAGAGGUUCUUAGUCAGGAUGGCACGCCGAUUGGGGAGUUUGAUGCCGUGUUUGAGUGCACGGGUGUCCAGUCUUGCUUGCAAACGGCCAUAUACGCUACUCGUCCGGGAGGAAAGGUCAUGAUACUCGGAAUGGGAUCUCCAGUUCAAACCCUACCGAUUUCUGCCGCCGCGCUGCGCGAAGUCGACCUUUGCGGCGUGUUCCGCUACGCCAACGCGUAUCCCUCCGCCAUCGAGGUGCUUUCUGCCACCGCCGAGGACUAUCCUGAUUUCCCGAGCUUGAUCUCGCACACUUUCUACGGACUUGACUCUGUCGAGGAUGCUUUUGCCAUGGCAUGCAGGAAGUCGGAUGAUGCGGCAAAACUCGUUUUGAAGGUGGUUGUAGAUUUGCAGAAUACUUCUUCGGUUUAG